UGGAAAUUCAAUUCACCCCGCCAAAAUUUCCGACAGAUAAGGCUGCCAGGCUUAUCGGCACGUGGGCAUCGGCGAUUUUCCCCGCCGACAUGAUGAAGAAAGUCGGAGACUCGCCUUCGAGCGUGCCACUCACGCGUUCAGUCGAGUCAACAUGUUUCUUUCGCGAGCAGCACCGUCACGGUUCGUGUGCAACGCAUGCCGGAAUAGCGUCAUACGCCCAUCUCAGUCCAUCUCAACACCCAAUGGCUUGAUCCUCCGCGCCCCCGCAACUUCGCCCAUCACGCCAAGAAAAGCGUCACGAUGCGCUUUCAGUACGAGUCUCUCCCGAAGGAUAGACGAGAAGGAUGACUUGGCGGAGGAUGACGAGUUGGCUCUUCUCGACGAGGAUGCCGAUCUCGCCGAAGAGCAGCCAACACCCACCACACUCGAAGCCACACAAUCUCCCGAGUCCACAGCGGCUGCUGAGCUCGCAGCCAUACCAUGGUACCUACGGCAACAAGGCGUUGUCCAAGGCCAACUCCAAAAGCCCGCUGAAAUUCCUGACCUACCCCCAAACCCGCCGCCACUCCUCGCAACCCUGCUAGAAUACAUAUCCAUCACCGCCGGUCUCGAUGACCUCGAGCUCCUCGACCUACGACAUCUCGACCCCCCGCCCGCCCUCGGCCCCAAGCUUAUAAUGCUCAUCGCCACCGCGCGCUCAGAGAAACAUCUCCACGUCGCAGCAGACAGAUUCUGCCGCUACCUCCGUCGCGAACACAACCUCAAAGCCAACGCCGCCGGCCUACUCGGGCGGAACGAGCUGAAAAUUAAGCUCCGACGGAAAGCGAAACGCAUGCGCAUGCUCGCCAACGUUGGCGGCGCAGCACAGGAAGGCAAUCUCGACGACGGCAUCCGCACAGGCUGGAUUUGCUGCACGCUGAGCAAGAUUGAGGCGCAUGAGCUGGAUAUGCAUAUGCCUGGGGACAACGUGGAGGAGUUUGUGGGCUUCAGGGACGUCAAGCCUGGCGUCAACGUGGUGGUGCAGAUGUUCACUGAGGAGAAGCGGGCAGAGACGGAUCUAGAGACACUCUGGGGUGGCGUGCUGAGGACGCAGAACAGGGAAGUCAAGCAGGCCGAGGAGGCGCUGAUGGAUAUCGAUGAAGAUGAAGGUGCGAGUGAAGAGGCGUACGAGACAGAGACGAUCGACACGCCACCAAUCUCUCGGUCAAGCGCUGCUGCUGCUGCUUCCCCUCCCUCACCAGCUAAACAGUUCCGUAAACCACGGCCGUCGCCCGGUGAUUUCUUUCCUCCUGCUUCCGAUUCCAACGCUGCGACACAGCUUCGCAGACUGCAUACCGUUGGGUUGAGACGGUAGGGAGUAGGCGAAGGACACUUUAUAUAUCCAAAUAUAUAUGUUAAACCACAACAACCACAAUCAAUAAACAGACUAU